ACGUCUCUUCAUCAGGUAUUUGUUCGCACUGGAAAAAGAAACGUUGCAUUGAGUAUUUAAAUUUAGAAAUCAGACUCAGAUGCCAGAAACCAACCGAGAGAUGCCGCGUUCAUUGUGGAGGUAGGAGCUCAGGUGGAACACCGUGGGACACAGGCCAACAGGAUGGAGGUGGCACAUACCUCGAGAAAAGCUUUUGAGGGCUCCUUAAUGAAGAAUUCAUCACCUGGGGAAGAGGUGUCGCUGGGCAUCUCCACUUUAACCUUGACUCCUCUGAUACCUGAGUCACCACCUGUCCGCCGCUCCCAGCCCAUCUCAAUCACCUCAAACAGGAGCAAAGGAGGUGAAUUCUUGUCUCCCUCUGUUUCCCCUAUACCAAAUCCUUUUCCAGAGCUGUGCAGUCUCCCCCACUCUUCAUUGCUCAACAGUUCGCUUCCAUCAGAAUCAAGUGACAAAUGUCUGAUUAAAGUGUAUGGAGAGGACAACUCCUCCAGGUCUGUAUUGGUUUCCCGCCAAGCAACAGCCAGAGAAGUGUGCCACCUGUUGGUCCAGUCGGCUCACUGCAGCGAUCAGGAGAACUGGGCACUCCUUGAACACUUUCCCACCCUGGGCCUAGAAAGAUGUGUGGAGGACCAUGAGAUCGUGCUGGAGGUUCAGGCCACCUGGUCUCCGAAGGUCAAGACAAGAUUCAUGUUCUCCAAAAACUAUGCCAAGUAUGAGGUCUUCAAUAAGCAAACGUGCUUCUUCCCAGAGGCAAUGGUCUCAGACAGCACAGACACCAUGAAGAGGAUGACAUCUCAAGAGUUCAUUCAGAAGCUGAUGACAUCCGAAACAAGUCCUCAGAUCCAGGGGUUUCUCUACUUAAAAGGGUACAGUAAGAAGUUUUGGAAGAAGGUGUACUUCACCCUCCGACGAUCCGGUCUCUACAGAUCCACCAAAGUCUCAAAGAAGGAUCCUCGGCAUCUGCAGUACACUGCUGAUCUGGAUGUUUCAAAUGUGUACAAAGUGGUUGAUGGCUGCAAACUGUACGGAGCUCCUACUGACUUCAACUUCUGUAUCAAGCCUAACAGGAAUCAAGGCCUAGUUAAGAAUUUAAAGAUCUUGUGCGCUGAGACUGAACAGAUUCGAACGCUCUGGAUGUCCGCUAUCAGAUUGUUCAAGUAUAAGAAGCAGCUUCAGUCUAACUUCCAGCUGUCCAAGUUGGCUCUACGAAGCCCAGAAGGCUCAAAGCCCACAGACAGCAAACCAAAUUCGGAGGACAGCCUGGUGGCCAUGGACUUCUCAGGGAAAGCCGGAGGACGUGUCAUCGAAAACCCAACGGAGGCGCAGAGUGCAGAGCAGGAGGAAGGGCAGGCCUGGAGGAAGAGAGAGGCCCUCAGGUGCUGCCAGUCCAACAUGAACUCAGAGCCCUGGACUUCCUCCGUUCACAAGACCCACCCGUGGUUUCAUGGUGGUUUGUCCAGAAAAGAGGCAGAGAGGCUGAUAGAGAAGCAGGGGCUGGCAGAUGGGGUGUUCCUCGUACGUAGGAGCCAUCUGCAUGAGAACUGCUUCGUGUUGUCAUUAUGUUAUGAGCUGAAGGUCAAGCACUGCAUUGUGGUCCCGGUGCAGAGAAAUGGCAAAAUGUACUACAGCAUAGAUGACGGCGUGACUCUUUUCAUUGACCUCCUGCAGCUGGUAGAGUUUUACCAAAUCAACAAGGGCACCCUGCCCGUGUGCCUCAAAUGCCCCUGCAUCUGUGUGGCGCUUUGAGUUCCUUCUUCUCUCUGAACCGCUUCCGAUCACACCAGUAUCUGUCAAGAAAACAGAACAUCCCUGCGAGAUGAAGCUGUCAGGGCUGUGGGCUUGAGUGCGAGCCAGAGAUGAAGGAUUUUAUCUGCUCCUCCUCACUUUGGAUUUUUAAAUUAUGUUUCCACAACAUGUGCAGCCAGAGACACUGGUUGGUUUUUAUACUAAUUAACGAGCGGCAGUCCCCACAGAGACAGCUUAAUUAGCCAUGUUGGACAGGCUUUCAGCGCUUUGUGGGGAAUGUUUGGAGAAGAUGGACUAUGAACUUUACUUUUGUUCAGUGCCAUGCUGUUGUUCUGAUAAAGAGCUGAGCAGCUUUACAUGACGAGGUGCUGCCUACAGCUUUGAAUAUAUCUCCAUCAGAGAAACGGAGAGGAAAUGAGCAAAUGUGGACAACAGAGGGCGCUCUGAGUAUGAGUGAGUUUUCUCAGUUGUGCAAAUGAAAAGCAGUCAUGUAGCAUGUAACCUCCAAAGAUUAAUUUCUGAAUUGCACCUUAGGGUCUUAACAGAAUCAGACUUAAUUCAAAUAACAUUAAGAACUGUUGCACUGCUUUAUUCUGUUGUAUUGGAUCUGCAACAUCUUUAAUUUUCAGAUCUAAAGUGUCCACAAAAGCUUUAAUGCAUGUUAAGGUUUAGGAUUUCUCACUGCUAACUGCAUAGAAAGAUAAAUGAAUUAUUUCAGGUAAAGACACUUAGGAAGAACUUCGUUUUUAUACGCCUGUAACUCCUAAAAUUAAACCUUUUUACAUAUUGUUGACAUUUGUACACAAAUGUCUUAAAGUGUGUGUUAGAAAUAAGUAUGUUAUGAAUAAAUCUUUUUAAUUAAGAUAAAAUAAAUAUUCCUGAAAGAUUCUUUGUAAUUUUUGGGGAAAAUAAUAUAUGUGCCAGUAAAAUAAAGCAUUUUACUUUUU